CAACCCAGAGCUCUGCAGAGCCUCAGGACCCAAGGACAGAGGGACGGAACCCCCAGACAUGUGGCUCCCUGAAUACAGGCCUUGGGCCCUGCCCUCCCUGUGUGUCUGCCUGCUGGUCCUGGCCAGCACUGUGGAAUGCCAGGAAGAGCCUACAGGAACCCAGAGUCCUCCACCAAAGCUGGCAUGGGGGCCCCUGAGCCUGGUUCAGGGCAAAGUGAAGGAGAUGGUGGAGCCACUGGUGAGCAGGACUAGAGAGAAAUGGCGUUGGUUCUGGGGCCCCCACGCAUUCCAGGGCUUCAUGCAGACCUACUAUGAGGACCACUUGAAGGACCUGGCCCCCCGCGCGCAGGCCUGGCUGCGCAGCUCCAAGGAUGGGCUCCUGGUCAAGGCACAAAGCCUGUGCCCACAGCUGCUGUGCGGAGAGGGCGCCCGGGGGGACGAGGCCCUUCCUUCACAAUAAAGAUGUGCCCCC